AUGUCCUACUGCUGGCAGGAAGGGAAGGAUCAAACCAUAUUUGUAACCAAAGAAGACCAGGAAACUCCAAGCAAUGCAGAAUCGGUGGCUGAUGAACCCAAUGAUCCAUACGAGGAGCAUGGAUAGAUACUGCAUGGAGACAUUAACUGGAACUGCCCAUGCCUUGGGCGAAUGGCCAGUGGCCCCUGUGGGGAACAGUUCAAGUCAGCCUUUUCCUGCUUCCACUAUAGCAUGGAGGAGAUCAAGGGGUCAGACUGUGUGGACCGGUUCCGGGCCAUGCAGGAAUGCAUGCAGAAAUACCCAGACCUCUAUCCCCAAGAGGAUGAGGAUGAGGAAGAGGAAGAAAAGAAGCAGCCAGCAGAACAAGCAGAAGAAACAGCUCCCACUGAAGCCACUGCAACCAAAGAAGAGGAGGGGUCAAGUUAAUGAAGGCCACAAGGCACUGGGAUCCAGUCCUUUUGGAGUGGACCUUUUGCAA